AUAUCUAUAUUAAUUUAAUAACUCUUUCUAAGGAUUAUAAAUUUGAUAAAGACAAUUUGAUCUUGCUGUGGAGGGCAAAAGAUCUUUUACAGCCUCCAAAAAAUGGAAAGACUUUGGAAGAAGUUGGUUAUGAGUAUUUUAAUGAUUUAGCUUCAAGAUCUAUUUUUCAACGUUUUGGAAGUGGAAACAGUUCCAGGCGUUUUGUGAUGCAUGAUCUGGUGCAUGAUUUAGCAACAUUGAUCGGAGCAAAAUUCUACUUUAGAACAGAAAAAUUUGGCAAAGAAACGAAGAUUGAUAACAAGACUCGGCAUUUAUCAUUUAACAACAUCAGUGAUCCAAUGACGGAUAACUUUGAGAUUUUUGACCGAGCAAAACAUCUUAGGACCUUUUUGACAUUCAAUUUUACUCCAUUCCACAAUGAAAUGGCAGCAUGCAUCAUUUUGUUAAAUUUGAAGUGCUUGAGAGUUUUGUCAUUUCAAAAGUUUCGUGAUCUUAAUGCAUUGCCUGAUUCGAUAGGUGAACUGAUUCAUUUGAGUUAUUUGGAUCUCUCUUCCACAACUAUAAAGACACUACCGGAGUCAUUGUGUAAUCUACAUAAUCUACAAACCUUGAAGUUGUACCAUUGUUAUCAACUAAUCAAACUUCCCAAUGGCAUGCAAAAGCUUGUGAAUUUGCGCUAUCUUGAUAUCAGGAAAACUCGAAAGUUAGAAGAUAUGCCUAGAGAAAUGAGCAAAUUAAACAAUUUGCAAUAUUUGAGUUGCUUUGUUGUGGGCAAGCAUAAAGAGAAAGGGAUCAAGGAACUAAGAACACUGACAAAUCUUCACGGAUCACUUUCCAUUAGUAAAUUAGAGAAUGUUAGCAACAACAUUGAAGCAUCACAAGCGAAAAUAAUGGAAAGUGAUAUUCUUGGCUUGAAUCCAUUCUCAAACACAAAGAUAUUCUUGGUCUUCAACAUAUUACAACUCACCACCACUCUUCUUGGAGAACUCCAUCAACCUCUCUAG